UUUUUACAUUUAUUCACGCCCCUGUCAGAUUUGGUAAACCUCUUUUUCUCUUAUUCAUCGUUAACCCAUUUAGGCUGAAGUCGGCAUGUUGAUCAUUUCACCCAUUUUAAGGAAACAAGCUCUCAUUUCCAAACGACAACAAGCUUCUAGCAUAUUACAACCACUUCGAAGAUGGAAUCAUACAAACACUUCUGCUGCUGUUACUACUACGACGGAUAUCGUACCAGACGACCCUAUUCAUAGGGUUGAUUUAAGGGUAGGAAAAAUCGUGGAUAUCAAAGACCAUCCCGAAGCAAAACAUUUAUUUAUCGAACAAGGUCAGCUUUAUGAGCAAAUCUAUGGCAUAGCACAAUGUAUGAAGAGUAAAGCAGUGUUAUAACACCCUUUAUUUCGUUAUUUCAGUCGAUUUGAAUUCUGAAUCUACAGAAAAUAUGCCAAAUCCACGUACUAUUGUCAGCGGCCUUGCACCUUUCAUGCAAAAAGAAUCAUUACUAAACAAGCUAGUAGUUGUUGUGAGUAAUCUGAAGCCAAGCCGAUUUCGGGGUGUACUAUCACAAGGUAUGCUACUGGCUACAUCAUCCAAAGAUGGUAAGGUGGUUCGACUGCUUUCUCCACCUGAGGGCACCAAAGUUGGUGAGAGACUUGCCUUAGAAGGGGUGGAGUGGCAAGGUGAAGUGGACCCUGUUUUAAGGCCUAAGCAGAAAGUAUUUGAAAGUGUGGCUCCCUUUCUAAAGACAAAUGAACAGGGCAUUGCCACUUACAAGAACAUAAAGUUAAUGACAGAAAAAGGGCCGAUCAUAUGUGAAAUCAAAGACGGUCAGAUCUCAUAAAAAGCAAAUGAAGAGAAUAAGUGUUUAUUCUUGUA